GUGCUUAUUCGAGUGCCAAGCAGUACGAAAUCGGACCCUGACGUUUUGGUGUUUACUUUGUUAAAGGUCACGUGACUGUGAGCGCUGAGGCAGGGAAAUGGAGAGCAGCUGGCAGCACAUGGACUAAAAUGCUUCUAUUUUUCCAUUGUGCAGUGGUUGUUGGAAUUCUUCAGCGGGCCUGGCUUACCUUAUAUGGAGGACCUGCAUUUCAUUUCUGAAUUACAGUGAGGUGCAACUUAAAGGGUUAAAAAUGGCCUAAACUUUGAUCCAGACAGCGCCUUGUCAUUCAGAUGAAUAAUCUCAGGCAAUACGUUAUGAUACUUUUUGAGUGGAUAAGCUUUUGGCUGAAACACAUUCUUAGAAGGAUUUUGGAUGCUUUUCCAAUAGUCAACAACUGGAUAGCGUCCUCAGGUGUCACAGACAGAGCAUUAUGCCAAACAGACUCAGAGGAAUGGAAGACUAAUGAGGCGCUGCGCACAUAUCUCCUUGGAGAUGGUGAUGAAACCAAGGUUACAGUCCAAACCAGCCCACAUGCCUUUCUUGUGAACCUACAGAGACUUUCAGAGUGUAGUGAGUACUUCCGAGCUUUGUCCCAGUCCAGCAUGAGAGAGACUUCUGAGAGCCUCAUCCACAUGGAUCACGUGUCCUCUUCCAUCUUCCACAAUCUGCUUGAGUUUUCCUUCAAUAAUAAUUUCAAAGUUCCCCUAAAUGAGUUGGGAGCACAUAUCAAGGUAAGCAACUAUCUUCUAGCACAUGCCUUCCUCUCAAAGUGCCUGUCAGUCCUGACAGAUGAGCUCAGCCCAUCUAACUGUUUGUCAUACCUGAGUCUUGCUCAUGAGAUCUUUUGUAUGGAACUGAAGAUGACAGUACUGACUUACUUGAGUAGAAACCUGCUGGAGCUUCCGGACAUCAUCAGGUGCCUGAAUGAUGAGGAGAGGGAAGAAGUUGUCCACUUGAGGACUCGAGGAGACCGACACCUCUGCACCCUACGGAAAGAGAACCUGAGUUCUUGGAAGGAUCCAGAAACAGAACAUGCACGACACAUAUUCACCCUGCAAGGAUCAGAGGACAGUGGGGAUUGGUGUGCAGUUACAGAGCUUCCUUUUCGGGCUGAUAAGUGGUGUAUUACAACAGUGGUGCUUUACAACUACUUGUAUGUUAUAGGAGGUUACAGGGAGCGUAUGAAGAGAGGCUGGGAGUUCAGCAUGGCUUCCUUUCGAUACAAUCCCUUUACUCAGACGUGGGUCACCACAUCUCCUCUGAUAAAACACAGAAGGCACUUCAGUGCAGUGGCCUGUGAAGGCUGCAUUUACGCAGUGGGAGGCUGGUACUUGGACUCUCUAGUAACUCCAGACUCCAGCACAGCUCUCUACACAGCUGUAGAGUGCUAUGACCCAUGGAAAGAUACGUGGAGGUUUGUGUCCUCAUUGCCACUCACUGACUUCCAGUUCACCAUGUCUUUGUCUCACGAUGUUCCUCUUGCUACAAGCCUUGGACACUGUAUCUAUGUGCUGGGGAGCAUCCAGAGGACUGGAGAGAAGUUAUUACUGCAGUACAACACAAAGCAAGAUGUAUGGUCUGAACUGCUUCCCACCCUUACCAGAGCCAGCGUAGAUCUCCCUACACUUUACUUCCUGGGGGCCACAGACAGGCUGCUUGUGAUUGGUGGCAACAACUCAGAGAAUGUGAUAACCUCGUUUCAUGUGGAAAAACAGAAAUGGGGGCCGGUGUACAGCGCUGAGAAAGUGGCAUUUGCAGGUCAGGGGACAGUGGCUGGUGAUCAAAUCCUGAUGAUGCCGAGUGUUGAGCACAACACUGUUGUUAGCAUGGACCUCCAAACGCUCUCCCUCAGAGCUCUCCCUCCUCUACCCAUCUCCACUCGCUAUGAAGCUACCUUUUAUCUUUAUUUCUAAUGCUAUGGUUAGCAUCUUUGCACACAUAUGUUGUGUGCAGGUUCAAUAGCCCAAGUACUUCUAGAUCACUUGCCAGUCCUUAUAUUGUCCUUCAUAUUUAUAAGGAAAUUAUAAAGAGAAUAUAUACAUAUAUAUAUAUAGAGAGAGAGAGAGAGAGAUUCAAAAUUUCUGUUCAUUUGUCUUAGUCUCCAUAAAGUAUCCUAAAAUGUAAGACCGGUUUACCCCGCUAUGUUGAAUGUUUGAUUUGUUUACAUUAAAAUAAUGCAGUAUAUACAAUGCAGUGCAUUUCUUGCCUUGAUUAACACCUUUAAUUCCUACUAACCAUUCUCAUCCGUUUUAAAUAUAAAACUGGUAUUACAGUGUUU